UCAAAGUAACAUUCUGACCUCUUGGAGUUUGUUUCCCUUUCCCUGUUAAAGCUACGCGGAUUCCUCUCUAGGGCUACCUGUUAACCACCAUCUUGUUCUCUUUGGGGAAGUUAGGCUUUAUAUCAGCCCCUCUUAUAGUAGCCCCCCUCCAUGAAGGGGGUGUUUGAUUUCUCUCAUCCUCAUCUCCUUUUCAAGUAGAGUAGCCCCUCUCUCUUUGGAGACUGAUUAAUCCCUCGUUUUGCACUAAUCCCUUCUUUCAGGGGGCCUCUUAAAACCUCGUGCCCACUCUCUUCCUCUGCUCAAACUUAGUUAAACCAAGAAGCUUUUUAUCUCUUGAUUUGUCUUAGGGGACGGUUAGGCAUCCUAUCCCACUGUGCCUGGCCUUGGGGUCUCUGCCCCCUCCCCUGUCACUCAGAUGCUGCCAUAGUUAGUGAAACACUCACAACAGAACGAUUUAAGAAUGACUUAUGUUAUUUUCGUGAACACAGAAUAUUUUGUUCCAGAGUAAGUGCAUUUGUUUUCCCCACUGCGGUGGAAGUGGUCUUCUGUGGGGGUUUUGACCCCGCCACCUCCCAUCUGAAGUGCCUUCUCCUUCCAGAGUAAAAUAAGUCCCCGCUCCCAUCACCUUCCCCACACACAUGUGAAACGGAGAACUUUGUUCCCAGAAGAGUUUGCUGUGAACAUCACCAGGAGUCACAAGAUGUCAGAGAAUCAACCCAACAACCACCAUCAUCCAAUGAACAAUAAUGGGGGAGCUGGGGCCCCUGCCGUGAAUAACCGGGGGGUUCGCAACCUCAACCAGAACCCCCUGAUCAACGUCCGUGAUCGCCUAUUCCAUGCGCUGUUCUUCAAAAUGGCCGUGACCUAUGCCCGUCUCUUCCCACCCUCCUUCCGUCGCAUCUUCGAAUUCUUCGUACUCCUCAAGGCCCUGUUUGUGCUCUUCAUCCUGGCUUACAUCCACAUUGCCUUCUCCCGCUCGCCUAUCAACUGCUUGGAGCACGUCCGAGACAAGUGGCCACGGGACGGCAUCCUGAGAGUGGAGAUCCAGCGCAACUCGACCCGCGCCCCCAUCUUCCUCCAGUUCUGCGAGAACGAGAAGUUCCCGGGCAUGGCGGUGGAAGAAGAGGAGGAGGAGGAAGAGGAGGAGAUGACAGUGGAGAUGUUCGAAAACAGCUCCGUCAGGUUUGAGUUAGAUAUCGAGCCAAAGCUGUUCUUCAAGCCGCCCCGGUCUGGCGGUGCCAAGGUGCUGGCCCAGAACAAAAGCCAGGAGUUCUCGUUCGGCAGCGAGACGGCCCCUAAAGUGUGGCCCCAGGAAGAGUAUAUCGUGGAGUAUUCCUUGGAGUACGGCUUUCUGCGCCUGUCUCAGAGCACCCGCCAGCGCCUCGGCUUCAUGGUGGUGACCCUGGACCCUGUCCGUCUCCAUGCUCUUGCGGUACUCGCACCACCAGAUCAAAAUAAACCCGGCUCUGUAAGGGUUGGGAACAUCGCUGCCUCUGUGCAGAGGGGGCCCAACUUUCUCACGCCGGCCCGCUCCCUUCCCUUCCAGACCCUGUCCGUCUCCAUGCUCUUGCGGUACUCGCACCACCAGAUCUUCGUCUUCAUCGUGGACCUGCUGCAGAUGCUGGAGAUGAACAUGACCAUCGCCUUCCCCGCAGCCCCUCUGCUCACGGUCAUCUUGGCGCUCGUAGGUAAGGAGGCGGCCGCCGGCCCAUCGGCCUCCAAGGAGACUCGAGCACCUUUAGCA